AUGAGCAUGGAAGACCACGACCAGCAGCGGCUGUCCGCUCUGGAGACCAGCAUAACAAAUAUCGAAGCCGUGCUCACCCGGCUCAUCACCCAACAACAACAACCGCCCCCUGCCCCUGCCCCUGCUCCAGCUCCGGCAGCGGGUCCAGGUGUUUCUGCUGGCGCUAACUCUGCGCGCCCUCUCAUCCAUCCAAACCCCCCUUUCGUCUUUGAUGGGGAUCGCACCCUGGGCAAGAGCUUCUUGCACUCCGUGAAGCAGUACUGGCGGCUGCUUCCCAAAGCGUUCUUCGAGAGCAGGGUAGUCUCGGAGGAAAAGGUAGUCUGUUUUGCCCUGUCCUACAUGUCCAAGGACUCUGCAGCUUCCUGGUCCGAGCGCAUGUCCGAGCGCACCCCGUUCCCCUUCCCCACUUGGACUCUCUUUGUCACCGAGUUCAAGCUCCGAUUCGUCGAGGAGAACGAGCAAGACCACGCCCUGGCGCGACUGGAGACCCAUCUAUAUUAUAUGGGCUCGCGAGAUGUGUUCAAGUACACGGACGAGUAUGACGACCUCCUUGACCUUGCCGGUGAAAUGCUGAGGGCGUGCUCACAAGUGAAUCUACUAUGA